AUGCAUAAAACCUACUUGCUCGACGGGCAAUAAUAGGAUGAGGCUACUAAUACCAAAAACUCAUCAAGGAAAACAGUAAUUCAUAACGCUGCAGCUUUCUCUCUUGGAGUUGCUCUUACUUACGCUUUGGCCUCACAAUCUUAAACUUCAGGCGUAGAUGCUGUUAAAGAAUCUUAGUCACUUUGGUUGGUUGAACCCAAGAAUAAGUAUGAUUGGAAUCAGACAACCUCUAUAGAUUGGAGCUAAACUAGCCACUUUAUCAAUGUUGCAUCGUCUCCUAAUGGAGAUCUUUAUGGAAUCCAAAAGUAUGGAGUAGAUCAAAAUACCUAUCAUUCUGCCUACAGAUUCAACUUUGUCAAUGGAGAUUGGUUAUCUUUCGAUCAAGACCUACAAAUCAAGGAUAUCAAGUUCGAUAAGCUUGGAAACUUCUACGUUCUUGAUAUGCAGAACCAAUUAUAUGCACAAAACUCCAAGAAGACUGUCAUCUUGAAGAACAUUCAAGACUAUGAGAUCACUACUCAAGGUUAAAUUUAUGCAAUCUCAACCAACAUCAAGGAGUCCACCUAAUAAUAAUAGCUAAACACUUGGAUCUCAGGAGAUGGCUUCCAGUACAAACUUCUAUCACCCACUGUGUUCUCAAAGCUUGCCUUGAAAGAUGAGAUUCCCAUCUACGUUGAUACUUAAGGUGUCACAGUUGGAUAUGGAUAUGAAUGUGUGAAAGAUAUUACCGUGGGUGUCGACGGCAGUGUAUGGGCCCUAAGUUGCACCUAGAAUGUAGAAUCCCCAGACUUCUAGCUCAUUAAGUGGGAUCCAUUCACUCUCUAAUGGUACGAUGUAAAGGAUACUUGGGGAAUCAAGAUCGCUGCUUACAAUGAGAUAUCCAUCUCCAUUCUCGAUUCCUAUGGAAGAAUCAGAUUCUCCUCAGAGAAAAAGAGAUAUACAGAUGUCAAGUAUUACUAAGCAUCAGGAGACACCUAGCUUUUUAGGAACUCAACUCUCUUGAAAGACGGCGGCUUAGGAUUCGUCCAAAGUCUUCUAGCCAAGCAAUACUCUAUGUCUAUUCUUUGCUAUAGAGCGAGCGUAAAUGGAUGGUCAACACAAAACUUCCACUCAGCUUGCGAUUUCAAAGGACCAACUUUGUCAAUCAUUAAGUCCUCAACUGGAAAGGUUGCAGGAGGAUAUACAUCUUAGUCAUGGAAGAGUGUGAAUAACUAUGUUGUUGACAAGGAGGCUUUCUUAUUCUCGGCUGACAACUAAGUCUAAAUCACAAAUCCAAACGGAUAAAACGCUAUCUAUGACCAUGUAAGUUAUGGACCUACAUUUGGAGGUGGUCAUGAUCUAUAUGUUGCUGCUGGGGCAAAUUCAAAUCAAAACAGCUACACGAACUUAAAUAAUAACUAUAAGCUUCCCACCGAGCUGCUAGCAGGUAAUGAUCCCAAAACUUAUCUCCUCGGCGCAUACAACUUCAUUGCAUCUGAGAUAGAAGUCUAUUAUCUCAUUUGA